CUACCCUAUAUUAAUGUCCAAAACUCUACUCACCACAAUAACAACUAACUUCUCUCUCUCUCUCUACAUAUCUCUGCGGAUAAAUUAAAUCCUACUAUGAAACUUGGCUCUGGGAUUGCAACGCAGUCCAAUUUGAAUGUGCUAAUGAUGAGCUCAACCCAAUCACUGCCGCAGAAAUGUAGUUUGAAGAUUAAAAACAUUGAUUCUUGGAAUCCAAAAGGAAAUAUGUCGAUUAGCUGCGGCGAAUCCCUUGUCUCCCGCGCCAAGAAAGUGAGGGAUAAAUGGAUGGAAUUUCAAGGGAUCAAGAACUGGGAGGGCUUGCUGGACCCACUCGACGACGACCUCCGCCGCGAGAUUCUCCGCUACGGCGAGUUCGUCGACGCCGCCUACAAGUGCUUCGACUUCGACACCUCAUCGCCCGGCUACGCCACGUGUCGCUUCCCCGACAGCUCCCUGCUCAGCCAGUGCGGCCUGGGCCGGAGCGGCUACAGGGUCACCAAGAGCCUGCACGCCACCUGCGGGCUCCAGCUCCCGGCUUGGGCCCCAGAGUGGGCCUCGGCCCAGUCCAGCUGGAUCGGCUACGUGGCGGUCUGCCACGACAAGACCGAGAUCGCCCGCCUGGGCCGCCGCGACGUCGUCAUCGCCUACCGCGGCACCGCCACGUGUCUCGAGUGGCUCGAGAAUCUGCGCGUCACGCUCGGCGCCCUCCCCGCCGACAUGGCGGCGGCCGACAACGACUCCAUGGUUCAGACCGGAUUCCUCAGCAUGUACACCUCCCGCACCGCCGCAAGGAAGAGCCUGCAGGAGUCCGUGCGCGAGGAGGUGGAGAAAAUCCUCCAUAAAUACGCCGACGAGCCGCUCAGCAUCACCGACGGGCACAGCCUGGGCGCGGCGCUGGCGACGCUGACGGCGCACGACGUGGCGACGACGUUCAAGCACGCGCCGCUGGUGACGGUGGUGUCCUUCGGGGGGCCUCGGGUGGGAAACAAGAGCUUCCGAGGGCAGGUGGAGAAGAGCGGGACGAAGGUGCUGCGGAUCGUGAACGCCGACGAUCCGAUCACGAAGGUGCCGGGGUUCGUGCUGAACGAGGACGCGCGGCUCUUCAACUGGCUGCAGAGGCGCGUGGAGGAGACGCAGUGGGUGUACGCCGAGAUAGGGAAGGAGCUGAAGCUCAGCAGCCGCGACUGCGCCAGCCUCAGCAGCGGGAGCGUCGCCACGUGUCACGAUCUCAAGACGUAUCUGCAUUUGGUGGAUAAUUUCGUGAGCUCCAACUGCCCGCUCAAGAGGGUGCUGCUGGAGAGAGCUCAGGAGGAGAAGCAACAAAUUCUUUGUGGAUAAUUCAAAUUUUUGGAUCAUUAUUUGAUUGAUUCAUUAAUUUUGCAUGUGUAUAUGUAACACAUUCAUCACCCCACAGCCCUAUCUGAUUAAUUGAAGAUGGUGGCUAUUUUUUUAGUAUAGAAUGAUCGAUUUCUAGAUAUAUGGUACAGAAAUAUAUACUCCACUUGGUAAAUUAAACCAAGGUUUUGCA